AUGGAGAAUAGCCCAAGUGAGACGACAUACCUGCUCGGGUUCAGACGCGACACGUCCGAGGUGUCGGAGGAUGCGCAGCAGACCAGUCCCUCGCCGCACGGAAAACUUUUUGAACAGCACAACGUGAACCCCACCACCUCACCCCCAGGUUGCUAUUCGACUUUUCAUACAUUUAACGACGGCACUGUCUAUGAGCAAGUGCACUAUUCAGCACCCUACAAGCCGGCUCGAUUAGCUCGAAACACCAUCCCAGAACCACUGCAGCACCAGUUAGAGUCUCCGGAGCAGAUCGCGACAAACGAGGCACGAACCUCUGCAAAUACCACCGUCGAACCUAUAUUAGCAAGUCAAGAGGUGACACUGUCAAAGAUUGACCCAGGCAGAAAGAGAGCGCAGGCAGAAGGUUACGGCGAUCUUGACCGUAACUCACCCAGCAUCCGCACCCCGCCCUCCAAAAAUUACUUGGACUUAAAUUCCAGCCGUCCCAUCCACGCUCGUGUCCAUUACAAAGUUCCUGGCAUGAGCGAUCAGCCUCCCGCCCCCGAGGCCGACGUCAACAAGUCUCCCGCAAAACAACACAAGCCUCUGGUCGUUGGCCGUACCAAACCCCAGACGCCCACCAUGGAAUCUUCCAACCCCGAGGUGAAGCCGCCCUCCACCGAGGAGAGCAAACAAGAGGUCGAAUCCAGCACCAAGAAUGCCGCCGAUGGUGCAGCGAAUGCCGCGGGAAAGAAGAAAGAGAAAGCUCCUAAGCAGCCCAAACCUCCCAAAGCCACCCCGCCAGCAGCCCCUCUGUCACCUGCUCUGAUAGACCUCCGGGUCGGCCACAUCCUUCGCGCCAUCAACCACCCCAAUGCCGACUCGCUCUAUGUCUCAACCAUUGCUAUGGGCGAUCCUGAAGGCGCGGAUCACACUCAAGUUGACGAAGAGACUGGCAAGGUCGUGCGCACCGUCUGCUCUGGUCUGAACGGCCUUGUUCCGCUUGAAGAGAUGCAGAACCGUAAGGUUAUUGUGGUCGCCAAUCUGAAGCCGGUCAAUAUGCGUUCUAUCAAGUCUGCUGCCAUGGUGCUCGCCGCGUCCCCUCAGGCCGAGGAAGGAGCGGAUCCGCAUGCCGCUGAUCGUGUUGUCGAGCUAGUCACUCCGCCCGAGGGGGCGGAGGCUGGUGAGCCAGUUUUCUUUGAGGGUUGGGAAUAUGGCGAAGGAAAGGGUCCGGAGAAGCAGCUCAAUCCCAAGAAGAAGCAAUGGGAGGCUAUUCAGCCGGGCUUCUAUACCAGUGAAGACCUGGUCGUGGGCUUUGACGCUGGAAAGAGCGAAGUCGAGGGCGAGAAGAAGGGCAGCUUGAUCGUCGAAGGCAAGGGCAAAUGCACGGUGAAGACGUUGAAGGGCGCCGUCGUCCGCUAA